UAGAUUUAGUGUACUCUUUUAAUGCCUUCCCGUUGCUAUUACCGCCAGUCAGUUUUAUUAGAACGAAGGGUUAUUCUUCUCUUCAGGAUUAGAGCUUUACUGCAACAUAGGACACUUUCUCCGCGCAGCUAUCAUGUCACGCCGUUAUACUUUCAUAGGCUGCUGACAUUUCUGUCGUUCUGGCAAUGCUAGUGUUUACCGCGUUCGUCUGAUUCACUAUCGCCUGUGACGGAGUGUCGUCUGCUAUCCCGUUCGACCUUCUUCCUCCUCGUCUUACAUUUAUCAGUUCGUUAUGGUGGGCCUUGUUGUCAUUCGACUGGGUCGGGUGUUCGGGUUGCCCAUGUUAACUGACUGAUUUCUUCUCGAGAAGCUGGGGUAACCCGGAGUGUAGAUAUCAGCCGAUCCGUAGCUGGAUGUGGUCACUCUCAAGUCGCUUACAACCGCACAUUUAUGUGUGGAAAUGGUUGUGACUCACUAUACGCUGUCUAGCGGCCAGCAGAAUUGUGUACGUGCGGAGUGUACGAUAGGCAUAGAGUCAGAGCCUCUGGGAGCUGGCCUCGAUACGACAGAGGGGAGAAGGACAGUGCUGAGGGGACUAGGCCUGCGGUCGCUACCAGACACCACUGAACUAGAGCAGAACGCUCAUGUUCGAUCAGCUCCUAGUUCGAGGGUGAUGUGUGACAAAUUGAGUGAAAGUACGGUGAGCCCAACACGACUACAGUUGGUGGUGCUAUUAUCGCCAGGCGGGGCGGCCGUGGGGUCGAGCUGCCGCAACAGUUCCAUUGCGUACGUGUGAAUCGCAUACGUCUGUGUACCUACCCGGGUGCUCCACUACGGGUGCACCACGUACAGUACGUAGCGUUCUGUUCAAGGGGUACUCUACUUAGCGCACGCGCCGCGGCCCCGGUCGAUAUCUCGUUGUGGAUCAGGGUUCAAGACAGAUGCACUCGCCACUGGCAUGCCAGCGCAAGCGACAGUAGAGCCGUCUAGCGGCUGACUCGGGAGACAGCAGCUGAGUGAGUCGACAGCCUACGUAUAUACCCAUACGGUCUCUCAUUUGUCGGUACACAGACAUACUUCAACAGACGCAGAUGUCGGUAUUCUGCCUGUUUCCCUCACUCUCUUCUUGCGCGUUCGCUCUGUGCGUGACUACUACCCCAUGACGCUGCUCUACCACCAUAGAGAGCAACGAAAAUUUUCGAGUACAGAGAGAGUCAUACGGACAAACAGCCCGGCAUAACCUAACACACAUACCCGCGUAGAUAUGGAGAAGCAGCCACAUCGAUAAACCCAGAGCCAUGUCCAUCAGCGCGCUCUGCUGGCGAUGGUGGCAGUAGUAGUGAGGGAGGGUCUCACAACCAUCGAAGGAUUCAAGCUGCAGCGGAAAUUAGUCUCUGCAUUGAGCUCAGUAGCGUCUGCCUACAGCCGUUUGCACUCUGUCCUCUCCGCUCACUCUCAAGUUUACUAUAUGCUAUCCACUCGUCGUGCUGCCGUUGCCGUCGCCGCCGCCGCCGCCAUCGUCGUCGUCUCUGAAGCUGCUGUUUCCGCGCUGCCGCUGCCCGUGAUUAUACCUAGCACGGCAACUAUACGGCCCUGCCGCUGCAUCCAGCAGAGUUGCUGGCUAGAAAGCAAGCGGUUACUCGGCUACACAGCACAGAGAAAAUUCUCCCGUGUACUGCUAUCUAUCGUGUGUCUUGAGUCCGUGUCUCUCUUUGGGUCUGUGUAUGUCUGGCUGUUGCUUGCUUUGCUGGGUCGACCAUUGAUUGGGUCGUUGCUUGUGCCGUUGGCCGGCGAAUUGCUGACCGAAGGGGAACGCUGGCGGCGGUAAAGUGCAGACGGAUAGUCGAAUAGUAAAAGAACGGUUGGUCGUUCGGUUCGCUGCUGCUGCUGCUGGUGUCGGCCAUCGUUUGUAGCACCAGCUUCGACUGCAGCUGGUUGUGUUUAUUUCGGCCCAAGUGUCUCUGUAUCUCUGUUUUUGGGUGCGUUGGGUGAGUGCUGUGAAGUGCGGGAACAUAAAGCUGUUGGAAACAAAGCAGUCACUGAGGAGGAAGUAAACGAGCGUUAGGAUGGAAAAAAAGUAGCGUGAAUAUUCGGAACCAAGUGUGACGAUUAGUCAGUUAGUGCGGCACGCUGUGCGGCAGCAGCAGCGGCAAACAAUUAAGAAGGCCAAGCCGGUGCUUAGUCCUCGAGGGUACCCACAGGCCCUGUGCAGUGGCCGUGCGAAGGCAGUGGCAACAACAACGAGAAGCAACUUGCCACCAAUCGUGAGCCGCAGUUUUUGUGCUGCCCGAGUGAUUAUUAUUAGGUCAGGCAGACAAAUAGAAGCAAAAUACCAGAAAAUAUAAGGACAGCACAACAGAAGAUAUUGAUAAUAGAGAACUGCGUAAAAACGCACGAGGAACACAAACGAAAAAACAAUCGGGAACCGCGCUGCCUUUACCAGCAUCAACGAGCACUUGCUUUGUCUCGUGACGAAAACUAUUGCAGAACAGCAAAAAGAAGAACAAACCACUACUAGCGCUACUGAACCGGAUUCGCAGAGAAACUAGACCUAACUAGUUCUCACUCAACGCAAUUUUACGAAGAGCGGAGGCUUUGGCCAUUGCUAUCGUCAAUAUGUACCUUCACUGCUCAAGUGCCACGAAGUGAGAUAAUCCCUCGAUGACUCUAAGCGAAUCACAUUUUCCUGCUGCCUUCAGGGAGACGAAUAUAUCUAGAGAGAGAGAGAUAGAGAAACAGAGGUAGCCUGGAUAAUUGGAUCGAUUUGGGGAUACUUCAAAUUUGUCAGCUGCAAAAAAGUCAGGAGUUCCGUUAGCUUAGGAGUCAGCUCAAAGAAGAAAAAUACCAACGACCGCAGGUUAUAGUAAAUCAUUUAGAAGACUCACCGGAGCCGCCCACACGUUUUAAGAAACGUUUUUUAGAAGUAGUGUCUAUCGAGCGAAAAACGACGGCGGGUCAGGAUACCCACCGAGGGUGGUACGGCCUUCAGCUUCAGCCCGCUUAAACUCUUGACGAGCUUCGACCGGCGACAACAACAGCUUGUAGUCCACAAUGGCGUUCGCAGGGCUCCGAAAACAAAUCAACAAAGCGAACCAAUAUGUCAGCGAGAAGAUUGGAGGUGCAGAAGGCACCAAACUUACCGAGGAGUACACCGUUAUGGAAAAGAAAGUGGACCUGACCAAUGAAUUGGUAGAGCAGCUGAUUACGCAAACAAAAGAAAUGCUGCAGCCAAACCCAGCAACCCGCGCGAAGCUGACAGUGAACGCAAGGCUUAGAGGUCCAGGGACCACGGCUGGCGCCACCUCUCAUGCCUACCCACAACCAGAAGGUGUUCUCGGAGACACGAUGGUCAAAUAUGGCACCGAUCUCGGUGUUGAAUCCGCAUUCGGAAGAAGUCUCAUCGAGACCGGCGAGUCCCUCCGGCAGCUGGCAGAUAUUAAGUACUCGUUGGAAGACAAUGUCAAACAGAAUUUCCUCGAACCGCUAACACAGCUUCAGUCAAAGGAUCUCCGGGAUGUGAUGUUCCACCGUAAGAAGCUUCAAGGCCGACGUCUUGACUACGAUUGCAAGAAACGAAAAAGAACAACAGGAGGGCACGUUACCGACGAAGAGAUGCGAACUGCCGGAGAGAAGUUUGAGGAAAGCUUCAACCUCGCCUCACAGGGAAUGUUCAACCUUCUGGAGAAUGACGUGGAACAGGUGUCCCAGCUCUGUGCACUCAUGGAAGCGUUCAGUGAUUACUACCAGCAAUGUGCCGAAACUCUGGCGCAACUCACUGAUAGACUCCAAGACUUGCGGCACGAGGCUUCGGCCAAAACGCGCGGCUCAUUUGAACCCAAGAAGCUGCCAGAUCUUGAUCCAACUCCUCUUGACGCUAGCCGGUCGCCCCUGCCCUCUCCGGGCUGCACGGUUCCUGGUCAGCAGGCAGGAGGCAACAUGUACCUGGGCAACUUCAAUCAACAGAAAAACGCCAGGUCCCCAAAUGCAUCACCGAUUCCGUCACCAAUGCGUUCACCCGCGGCGCCCUCUCCGCCUGCCCAGAAACGGCCGUGUUGCCAAGCGUUAUACGAUUUCAGUGCAGAGAACCCAGGAGAACUAGAGUUUAAGGAGGGUGACAAGAUCGAUCUAAUUCGUCAGAUUGAUGCAAACUGGUUUGAGGGCUCGAUAAACGGUAAAUCUGGCCUAUUCCCGGUCAACUACGUUGACGUGCUCGUUCCUCUGACAUAAGGCUAGCGCCUAUAACGCUCGUAUUUAGAGGCUCAUUUCUGUAUGGUGUACCACAUUUCUGCGUAACCAGGCAAAAUAGGAAGAUUUGGAAGAGGCUAGGACGUGCAUAUGGAAUAAUGCUUAACCUAAUGAUUUGUAUCAGGAAAAAAGGGUUCAUGUAUGAGUUUGCAGCGACUAGUAUCGUUCAAUAAAAUAAGUUCAUGUGGUUACUACCAAGCGAAGUGGUGUAACUUCAACGUCAACGAAGGCAGCGUAUGCCAUCCUACUUAUGACUUACCGCUAUGACGACGAUAACGAUAAUAGCCUGCAGAGGAACGAGAACGGAUCAGCGGGAAUAUUGACGAUAUAGGCAAUGACGCGCCAGCAGUGAACUUCUGAGUAGACUUCUACUCUCAUGAUUGAGUUAUGUAGAUGCUUCGGUACAAGCAGUAACCAAAACAGGCAAACCAAUCUACUGCGACAAAUAAUUAUAAUGCGAUCUUCUCGCUCGACAAACUCUGCUAUAUUAAAUAUGGCGUCUCUCUGUUAGCUUAGCAUCUCUUGCACUGAUAAUUACGGAUUCUUUAGCAACGGAUUUAAUUGUUAUCGUCCUCCCUGAACGGAAAAACGAACGCUAAUUAUUAAGUUCAAUAAUCACAUUUUUAGAUCGGGUGAUAAUAAUUAUUCUGGCUUUUACUAUACAAAAACAUAUACCCUAUAUAGAUUAGUACAAUACUGCUUCAGAUCUGUGCCCUGACAGAAACCCAUUCAUCAGCGCAACCGAUCUCCACGUCCUUUUGUUCUCCCUUCGACGACCACGCGACGCGUCCGGCAACUUGCGACUCUUCCAUCCUCAAGUGCAACAAGCUCUAUCUUCAGAGUCCAAGCGCAGGCUGCAUGGCCGAUUACGUUCGGCUGAUCCGGAAGUGUAUCGUGAAGACGACACACAGAUACAAAUAAUUGGCAGCUGUUAAAGUGCUGAUUUAUAACGAACUAACAUUCGAUAAUACUGAGUUUUCACACAGUCAAAAGUUUAAACCUCGCUUUUUCUCGAUCUAGAACUUGACAAAGAGAAUGAGGUUCGUAGAGGUAGGCCGGAUUCAGCGGGAGAAGGAAAAGAAAGGGGCAAAUAAGUGUACUAAAUCGUAACGAUUCUCUAAUUCAGUUGUCCGUCUUAGAUGUGAUUGUUUGAGAUGAAAGAUGGUGCUUGUCACGAACGAUCUUCAAUAUAAGAUAAAGGCUUACGGACUUGGUGAAGAUCUUCUUAAGUAGGCACAAUGAUGACUAUUGAUAUAAGGAAGAUGAAAGUGCGCGAUAAUCUCCGACCUACAAUAAUGAAGCGGUUACGGCUGGCACGUUGAAGCAAACCUUUGAUAUUCAUUUUGCCUAUGACGAUAUAACAGCAAACAUUUCGGGUUGAGGGUCUCACGAGAACAUUGUCGAUAACGCUCUUCGGCGUCCCAAAACGUUUUUUCAUUGAUUCGCUACUCUCCUUCGUUGGUGUUUUUUUUUUUUGUCUAAAGCGAAGUAUGUAUGUCUGUCUGUCUCAUUUCAACGCUGUAUGCUCUCUACUUGUUUUACCUUUGUUCUUACAAUACUCAAUAGGAAUCCAUCGCUAGUCCAUGAGAACUCUGGCUGUCUAGCUUGUUUUUGCUAGUUUUCUCGUUGCGGGAUGACGAGCGUCGUCGUUACGUGCUACGUUGGACAUACAGUGUUAUACACGACGACAUGAGAAAGUGUGACGUGACAACGAGGACCGAUUACUACAGGACCAAUCGUACCGUGAAUAUACUUUGAGAGAUCUGAUACGCAUUUUUUUCUAGUUGUAAAGAGAAUAUCUUUGUAUUCGUAACAUAAUUUAUAAUGGCUGUAUAAUACUACAGGGAGUAGACGUUUGUGGGACGCUUCAUGAGAGAACACACAACAGCAUCAAAUAAUAAGGCCAACAAGGGUCAUAUUUAGUGCCAUUGGUGACAUGAACUUGCGAUGAGUCGGCGUUAGUCUGUCUGACGAAUGAUGUACUGAACAAUGCGUGGACUAUUGUCUGAGAAACCUGAUUGCAAUAGAACGACGGCAGCCGGCCGCGAGUAUGCUUGUCAGUUAUUGGUCACCAUUAUGAUUUGUAGUAAUUGAGCGAACCGUGAGCGGCAGGCAUAAACCCUAAUGAGCUGGGAACGUAGCGGAAAAACCUGCUAAAAUCAGAUGCUCAGUUUGAACGGUGAUAAUAAACUUGUGAGGUGCUAAACAUGAUUAUAUGACUGAUGGUGAUCGACGUACCGUGAGAACUGCUCAGCCCGUGGGCGUAUCGUGUUCUGCAAUAUUGCGGGUUUUUAGCAGACCUAACGCGCCGCAACCGAAAUGAACAUCUUACGAGGAGAGCCCCCGAAAUCUAGAUAGAGCCAAACAGAGAAAGCUGCCUUGGGAGGCCAUCGGGUUGGCCAGGACUUUCAAUAGAACGUUAACAUUAUUAUAACCUCCGUUUGUUGGACAAAUAAUAAUAAUAAUAAAUAUACUGACUCACGUCAAUAAAAUGGAACAAUGCUGAACUAA